AUGCCUCUUUUGAGCUCAUCCACAUCAUCAUCUACUGCUGCUUCCACCAAGAGCAAGAGACUUGAAGGAGCAAAUCGUACCGCCAAAUCAAGCAACAAUGUAAGCAUGUCCUUUCGAACUAUCGGUCGUAUGGGUCAGUCCAUGUCUGCUCUGAUGCCCAGUAAAAGCAGCAGCAAAGCAUCUGCAGCAGCAGCUGAAAAGUGUAAACUAAGCAAUGAACAAGGAAUCCAAGAAGAAGAAAAAGAAGAAGCGCUUGACCACACCCCUUUGCCCACAAUGAAUAUUUCGAAUGAAGUUUGGGAAGCAGCUCAGGACAAUCUACUAUCUGAUAUUGCAGAAGUGCGUCGAGCAAUGGACCUCUUCUUGAAUUCUCGUAUUCCCGAAUCAGAGAGAAUUUUGGAGCCUAAGCGCUAUUCGACCUUGUAUCAUUCACUGGGCUAUUCGUUUGUGCUUUUCCUCAAGAGCAUGAUGACAUUUCAGCACACAGAUAUCGAAGCCGCCAUUGAAGCGCUGAAAAAGACGAUCCAAUUAGCAGAUGCUUUGCGCAAGAAGGAGACAGGGUGGUUGGGAAACAUCACAUCUUGGGUAAAAGGUAUCUCCGUUCAUGAUGUUUGGAACAUGUCUAGGUUACAUCGACAUGCUGAACUGGUCUAUGCAGAAUCCUAUUUGCUAAAGGCAUUGCUGUGUAUCAUUCAUGACGAGAGCUUUGUCUCAUUCUUGCGCGAAGGGCUUCAUGUUCGAGCCAGUUAUAACACCUACAAGACGCUCAAGAAAUACCUGAUUCAUGUGCAAGAGCAAGCAUUGCUGGGGAAGGAUGUGUCAUCAUGUGGUCUUGAUGAUCAUUUUACUUCAGGUGUAUCACUUGGUGUCGGUCUAUUCAAUUUGAUGAUCUCCUUAUUACCCAAUUCAUUACUGAAAGUGGUCGAGUUUGUGGGCUUUACGAGCGAUCGUGCUUACGGUAUGGAAAUACUGGAAACUGCUGGCGGUUGGGAACAGUAUGCUGGUUUGCCUCCAUCUGAAUUGCCUCCUCUUCAAGAUGCAAAUGAGGGCCUGAGACGGCAAUUCUGUGAUAUGUCACUGAUGAUGUAUCAUAUUAUUCUUUCCAAGCUGAUCCCCCUUUCCGAUGUAAACGAGGAGCUAUCCGAUCGAAUUCUUGCAUACAGUCUUAAAUUGUAUCCCAAUGGCGUCUUCUUCUUGUUCUUUUCAGGCCGUCAAUUAGGGGCUCGAGGUCAAUUGAGCGAGGCUAAAUCGCAGCAUCAAAAGGCCAUUGACACACAAAAGGACUGGAAGCAAUUGCAACACAUGUGCUUCUGGGAAUUAGGCUUGAUCAAUCUGCUGCAGCAAAACUGGCAAGAGGCUCUCGACUGCUACACGACGCUGCAAAAAGAAAGUAACUGGUCAAAGUGUGUUUAUUACUAUUUGCAAGCUAUUUCUCUCUACACGCUCUCCAUCUCCAGUAACAAAUCCGCUGAGGAGCAGCAAAAAUUAGCCAAGGAAGCAGGUGAAAUGAUGCAUAAGGUCACUGGCGCCAAACAAAAGAUUGCAGGCAAAUCAAUCCCACUGGAAAAAUUUGUUGCCAGAAAAGCUCGAAAGUUCAUUGCGCAAAACAACAGCUUGCUGUUCCCUGAUUUGGAGGCUUUGAUAGCCUUUAGCGCCUUUGAUUUCAUGUCCAUUGAUCUCUUGUACAGCAAUCUGCAGCGCACCAACACUGAAAUCUACCGCCUUACUCACGAAACGAAACACGAGGAAGCUCUCAAUUACUAUGACGACCUGUGUCUUAGCCACUAUCUACGUGCCACGGUUCUUCGACUCUUGCUGGAUCAAGUCAAGGACGCAGAUGCUGUAAAAAAGGCUGAGUGGAGAAAGCUGCAUACCGAAUCCAUCAAAUGUGUCAUGGAUAAUGCCAGCAAAGUGCAAUUGGAUCACUACAUCUACUAUUUCACUCGCUACGAAGAGGCUCGUAUGAUGAUUCAUGACCAACUGUACGAAAAGGCCAGAGAGACCGUGCAAUCUAUCAUCAAAACCAGCGAGAAGGGCCAAUUCAACAUUGGUGCUGGUCCACAUGCCAAGAACAAAUAUAGCUUGGAAAAUACCAUCUUGUUCAGGUGUCAUAACUGCUUGACCCAAAUUGAAACACUAUCUCAGGGCACUACCACUACUUUGUCUACCUCCAAUAAUGAAUCUGACGAUGACUCUGAUCAUUUCUCAUCUGCCGCCAAUUCUAUAGCCUCCAUUGAAAAAGAAAAAUAA